UAAUCUUCCUGGUGACGAUAAGGCUUGUAAUCUAUGUAAACUUUGACAUAUUAAGGUGUCAAACACAAGAUUAUGUUGACAUACCGUUAUAGCCCAAUACUAUAUCAGUAAAGACCAGAUAGUAGUUUUGAAAAUCGUAGUUUAAAUGGAAAAUAAGCUCUGCAAUAAUGUUGUAUUGUAAAAUCACAGAGGUUUGUUUUUUAUUAUCCAUGACAUUGUUGGCUUCUGUUGUUGCAGUUUGUGAAAAAAACCCUUGCAGCAGUGAUCCUUACAAAAAGUCUGGCGGUCUGUCUGGUCUGGUGGAUAAGGGAAAUAUUGGUGUUCCGAUUGUCGAUUCGGUUGUGUGCAAUCCCUCGCCAGAACCUGGCGUUUACAAGAUCAAAGUUAAGUGUAGGACCGAUGGCUACCGGGUAGACGGACCGACAGAAUCCACUUGUAAAACUAACAAUUGGUUUCCAAAACCACCUCAGAAAUGUGUUCCCAUAGAGGCGGUGGCGAAGAAGGAUCAUAAGUGGGAGUAUAUCGGCGGUGGUCUGGGUGGUGGCGCGCUGGCUAUUGUUCUAUUGGUCGUUAUCAUCUCUGUCGUCUGCUACAGGGCCAAACUUAGAUCAGAAAAAGAAAAGGAAGAAAUGUUAAAGAUGAAGAGAUUUGGGUCACACCCACUUGGACCUAACGGAGAACGAUUCUACAAAAACAGUUACCAUCAACCAAUUGAUACCAAUCUUCAUAAAGUUUGGACAAUUAAAAGAACCCGAAAAAAGUUCUUCUAUGCAGACACAUUGAAGGAACUGUUGGCAAAAGCUGGUACAGAAUUCGGAUGUCAAGGUCAUAUUCGAUUGGUACUGGAGGAAGACGGAACACAGGUGGAAACGGAUGAGACUCUGAGAGCAUGCGCGGGGAGGGUCAUGCUGGUACUCGGAGGCGAUGAAACUUGGCAUCCAGAGACUAAACUCUAUGAUAAUGAGGCUUACAGACUGACAUUUGAUGUGUGCUCUUUUGAUCGAAAAGACAGAAAACUAGUCCUAGCCGACAGUAUAAAGGAUCUUAAAUAUCAAGGAUCUUCCAGCUUCGGUUACCCUGUAACUUCUGUUUGUCUGGAAGAGGAUGGUACAGUUAUUGAUAAUGACAGGACGUUGUGUUCGUGUUCCACGAAAACACUCAUGCUUCUUGGCGCCGAGCAUGCGUGGAAGGGAUCUCCCAGCGCCUUGGUAACUUUACCAUCAUCAUAUACAGAUAUGUCGGUUACAGAUCCAAAUACGGAGAGCUGCAGUGAUGAGUCUCAAGUGGGGAUGUACAAAGUGUGGACAGAGGACCGACAAAUAAAGAAAGUCGUUUUUGCUGAAAAUAUUAUUGACCUACAUCUCAAAGCUUCAAAAGCCCUUGGUCUCCGGACACCGGUGGUGGUAACUUUAGAAAACAACCAGACAUUUGAAAUCACAGAUGAUGACAUCCUUAAAGAAAACACUGGAAAAAUACUGAUUGUCAGAGAGAAAAUCACAGAAACUGGUUUUAACCAGGUUAAUGAUCCUUUAUAUGAUGAUCCUGUAGGACAGAACAAGUAUAGUUCGCAACAAUCCUGGACAGGGCACCAAUUGAACUCUGUGAAUUACAAUCAUGGUGCGAUAAGCAAUCAAAUGUAUGUUGCACGAAAUUCUGUACAUGAAAACUCUGGUUCACAACAGAUUUCUAGAGGAUUUGUAAACCACUUUCAAAACCCAAGAUUCAGUUCCAGCUCCUCGUUUCAUGCAUAGGCCGUGUUUAAAAGAAGUGUUUGUGUCAUGAUUUUGCACCCAGUUUUCAAAACAAAAAAUAUUUAUGCGGAAAAUAUAUUUGAAUAUGGUGUACAUUAAUAAACUACAUAUUGCCAGAUCAGCACAAUCAUGAUUAUUUUUUCUGCAUUUUGUUCAGGCUUGGUGAGUGGCCCCUAACUUCAACUGAAAGUCAUUAGUACAACAUAUUGGUAAAUCUUCUAAAACCAAAGAUGAUAGGAAAAAAAUGAGGAUAACACAUCUGAAAUAUAUGAUAAAUUUAUUGUAUACAUAUUGAUGUAUACAAACUAUACACAGUGCAUCAAGAAAAUGUUUAUGUACAUAGCUAUGAUUUCUGGCAUCCUGAGGGGCCAAAAUUUUAUGCGAAAAAACUUUGAUAAGAAAGAUAAUCCCAUCAUGUUAAAGAGCAGUCUUACCAGAGUCAAGUAUUAAAUGGAGACUUUAUAUAGCCAGUUCAUUCAAAACCAGUAUUAUGAGUAAACACAUUUUAAUUUUUCAUUCAGGACUAGUAUUUUUAUAAAUUUACUUAUGUUUUACAAAACAUGUUUUACAUAAAACAUGUGCAUGUUUUACAUAAAACAUGUGCAUCCAACUUUUUUAACCUUUAAGAAUUGGGCAAUUACACCUCUUUACAAACAAUUUUAAAAACUACAGUAAUUUAUCAUGUACAUUGACAAUAUAUAGAUUUGCCCUUAUUAUUACUUUUUUUUCUUUAAAAUUGUUUUUUAAGGAAGAUUACUCUUUCUGGUGGAUGCACAGAUAGCAAUAUGAUAUUCUGACCUUUAGCAGCACUUUAGUUUUUUAAUGUGAUUAUUAUAUGUAUGGCAUUAAGUAUUACU